CUCACUCAGAUUGGCGACCCUCUCUGUGUUUCUCUCUCACUCUCUACAGAGGGAUCUGCCAUUCUCUCUCCAAAUGGCAGGCACCUACUUUAUCUCUCUCGAAAGCCGGGCCAGAGGCCCAAUCUCUCUCUCUGGAUGUGAAUUGUAACAUAUUUAAUAACUGUGGCAUACACAGUUUGUACAUGGCAUAUGGUACACGGCCGGGCAACCCACUGACUCUACUCAACUUUAGACAGUGGAGAUUAACCAUGGCACUCGGGGACGGAAAUUUACCCAUCUACUGCUCAUCAUUGAAAAUGGAGGAUGUAUUCCCCUCCACAGCUGUGUACCUAUAUGCUAUACACGGGCUGUGUAUGACAUUACCCCUUUGCAAACUGUAGGGUUGAUCAAGCAGGGUUUUCCGCCCCUUUUAUGUUCAAUUGUAUUGCCAUUUUAUGUAGGGUUGAUCAAGCAGGGUUUUCCGCCCCUUUUAUGUUCAAUUGUAUUGCCAUUUUCUGUAGGGUUGAUCAAGCAGGGUUUUCCGCCCCUUUUAUGUUCAAUUGUAUUGUCCCUUUUAUGUUCAAUUGUAUACGGCAAGACUAUUGACUUUGGAAAGUGGUUUGAUAGGGCUGGAGCCUUAUCAAAAUAAGUUAUUUGGAUAAAAUGCUGUUAUGGAAACCACUGAAGAUGAGAGUAAUGCAUUGAUUGAAGCCAACAUGGGUUCAGAAAUUGUAGCCACUGAUUGUUCUAUGGAAGUGGAUGCUCCUCGUCUUGUGGAUGAGAAUAAGGAUAAAACGAAGAAUGAUAAUGUUGGGCUCAAUGCUGAAAAUUGUGUAAGUGAAACUGAGGACAUGACAAAUGAUUCUUUUGAGGAACCCGUUAUUGAAAAUCAUGUUGAUGAGCAAGAGAAUACAACAAUGGAUUUAGCUGAGGCACCCAGAGUCGAAAAUCGUGAAGGCGGUGGUGAUGGUGAAAGGGUUGAAAAUUCCAUUGAGAAGGAAUUAAUCCCAAGUAGUGGAGGUCCAAUUUUAGAACCACAUGAAGGUAUGGAGUUCGUAACUGAUGACGCUGCAAAGAUAUUCUACAAUGCAUAUGCUAGGAGAGCUGGUUUUAGUAUUCGUAUAAGUUCUACUCAUCGUUCAACUCAUGAUGGAACCGUUGUUUCUCGAAAAUUUGUGUGUUCUAAGGAAGGAUUUCGUGAAAAGAAGUAUGUAAUUAAUGAGAAGAGAGUUAAACGUCCUCGAGCAAUUACGAGAGAAGGGUGCAAGGCAAUGAUUAUGAUAAGGAAAGAGAAACCUGAGAAGUGGAUUAUUACAAAAUUUAUAAGGGACCAUUGCCAUGCAUUAGAGUCACCGAGCAGAGUGCAAUACCUCCGGUCACACAGGAGUUUGACAAGAACCGCACAAUCCCUGAUUGAUACAUAUACUGGAUCUGGAGCACGCUCGAGUGUUAUAAUGUCCUUCUUCGAUAAAGAAACUAGUGGUGGCUUUAGCAAUGUUGGCUUGCCCGAUCGAGAUAUUAGAAACUAUAUUGGUACUUCACGGCAAAUGACCCUUGAAAAAGGAGACCUUGAGGCUAUCCUUGACUAUUUCAAGCGUAUGCAAGCUGAGAACCCUGCAUUCUUUUAUGCAAUACAAGUCGACGAGAAAGAGAAUAUGACUAAUUGCUUUUGGUCCGAUGGAAGGUCGAGGAUGUCCUACAAUUACUUUGGGGAUACAGUUAUCUUCGACACUACCUAUAAGAUGAAUCAAUACAGAUUACCAUUUGUUUUCUUUGCUGGAGUGAACCACCACCACCAACCUGUAUUAUUUGGAUGUGCACUAAUUUUGAACGAAAGCGAAAAUUCAUUUACCUGGCUAUUUGAUACAUGGCUUAAAGCAAUGUCUGGGCAUCACCCUAUCUCAAUUACCACUGAACAGGACCAAGCCAUAGGAGCAGCAGUUGCACAAGUGUUCCCUAGAACCCGUCAUCGCCUUUGCUUGUGGCAUAUUUUGCAGGAAGUCCCAGAAAAGUUGUCUCAUAUAUGUCACGCCCAUGGAAAUUUUAAAGAUGAAUUUCAUAAAUGCAUCCACACUACCAAGACAAUCGAUGAUUUUGAAUCAAAUUGGAGAUUGCUCAUUGAUAGUUAUGAUCUGAGGGAGAAUCAAUGGGUUCAAUCAAUGUACAAAAUGCGUGACCAAUGGGUACCAGCAUAUUUGCGAAACACCUUCUUUGGAGAGGUAUCCGCAACCCAACAAAGUGGAAGUAUAAAAUCAUUUUUUGAUGGGUUUGUGAAUGUAGACACCACUGUCCAAGAGCUUUUAAAGAAUUAUGCACAAGCAUUAGAUGGUAAGUUUGAAGAGGAAAUUCAGGCCGACUUUGAAUCAGUUCAUGAAGAACCGGCUCUGAAGACGCAUUUACCCAUGGAGAAACAAGCAGCAAACAUUUACACAAAGAUGGUGUUUGCAAAAUUUCAAGAGGAAAUCAUGCGCAGUCUUGCCUAUACUACUGAAAGGAAAGAGAAGGAUGGGGCAAGCAUUACAUACAGAGUAGCAAAAUUUGAGGAAGAAAAGAGGACAUACACUGUUACGUUGAAUGUUCAAGAAAAGAGAGCUAGUUGUGGCUGCUGCUUCUUUGAGUUUUCAGGAAUCCUUUGUAGACAUAUAUUGAUUGUGUUCAGAGUGGAAAACAUUUUGACUCUCCCACCUCAUUACAUCUUAAAACGAUGGACCAAAAAUGUAAAAAGUGGGUAUUCAUCAGAUGAAUGUGGAAUCGAAAUGCGAGUUGAUGGUCAAGAAUCUCUAACCUUGCGAUACAAUGAUCUAUGUCGCCGAGCCAUUAAAAUUGCAGAGGAUGGGGCCAUAACAAAGUAUACUUAUCGUGUGGCACUGGGUGCCCUUGAAAAGGCUUAUGCGGAAGUUGCUAUUGCAAAACAAAAUAUUGAGAUGUUUGAUCAAAGAGGCACUCCAAUCACUAGAAAUAUUCGACAAGAUAACAUCAGUGAAAGUGGAUCAGAAAACUCAAUAAACCAGAUGACUUUGCACGAUCCUCAACAAGAGAAAAUGAAAGGGAGGACUCUUUCUUCUGAAUUAAAACCUUGUUUUGAGAGUACCCCAAAACAUAUUAGAAAAUGUACUAUAUGCAAAUCAAAUGGUCAUGAUAAGCGCAUUUGCCCAUCAUUAAGGGGCAGUGCAGGAGUUGGGUGUUGCACACCUACAGGUCUGUACUUUACCUCAGGACCAAGUGACCAAAAUACUCAUGCUUCAGUAAGUGGUAAACGGGGCAUUUCAGGCAUUGAUGGGUCUAUACCAAUAGGUUUGUAAGGCCAUAUAAGUACAUGGUGAAUUAUACGACACACAGGCUGAGUACCACACAUCCACAGGCUGUCUGUGUAACACUUCCUCAACUACAUUUCCACCAUGCAAAUCCCCUUCAACUUACUGUUUGUUAGUUCACUUGAUGCAGGAGCAAGUGACCCUCAGUAGCGUUGUUCUGUAAGUACUUGUAUGUUGCGAUUGUUCAUAUGUGGUUCUUUCCUUGCAAUCCAUAUAAAUCAAGUUUUUUUUUUUUGGUUGUAGAUAGGUCAAUGAAUACAUUGUUGAAAUCUCAAUGUAAAAUGCUGGUCUCCUCAUGUGAUGCUGUGAAUAUGGUGUUAUUUGCUUGCAUGUCUACAUAAAAUUUUGUCAAAACUUAUCAUGAAUCCUAAGAGAUAUACGGGAACUAAUGACUUCACUGAGGCUAUAGC